AUGGCGUCGCCAAAGCUAGCGUGCCUAGCCCUGGCGGCCUUCGCGGCCGUGCUCGCCAUCAUCACGCCGUGUGCGGCGCAGGAGGACUCGCCGCAGGACUUCGUGGACCCGCACAACGCGGCGCGGUCCAACGUCGGCGCGGGCGCCGUGUCCUGGGACGACGCCGUGGCGGCGUACGCGCGGAGCUACGCGGCGCGGCGCCGGAGCUACUGCGCGCUGGUGCACUCCGGCGGGCCCUACGGCGAGAACAUCUUCUGGGGCUCCGGCGGCGGCGCCGGCUGGUCGGCGUCCGACGCCGUGGCGUCGUGGGUGGCCGAGAAGCGGUGGUACGACCACGGCAGCAACAGCUGCUCGGCGCCGGAGGGCCGGUCGUGCGGCCACUACACGCAGGUGGUGUGGCGCGACUCCACCGCCGUCGGCUGCGCCCGCGUCGUCUGCGACAACGGCGGCGGCGUCUUCAUCACCUGCAACUACAACCCGCCGGGCAACGUCGUCGGCCAGAGCCCCUACUAG